CUGGGUACCUGGCCGCCAGUCCGUGGGGCUGGCCCAGUAUCUUCUACUGUACUGGACUGUGCGGUGUAUUGUGGUCUGUGGUCUGGCUGUUUGUAGGCGCCAACUCUCCGGACUCCCACCCUUCCAUCAGUGAUCACGAGCGUAAAUAUAUAAAAUCCACCCUCAUCAACAACUCGGAAAAUAGCAGCUCAAUGUCGACCCCCUGGAGGGCUGUGGCUACGUCUGUUUCCAGUGUGGGCUCUAAUGUUUUGUCACCUGUGUAA